GGCUCUGCGGCUGACAUGGCCCACUGUGGAGCGGGCGGCGCGGCCCCGGCGGGUCUUCUGAGGUCCCCGGGGCUUGGCAGGAAGGGGCUGCCCAGGAAGGGGCCCGGGGAGCGGCGCCGGCUGAAGGCGGUGGUGUCGGAGCAGCUCAGCCGGGACGUGCUCAGGCUUUUAAGGGAAGAAAUCCACACAGACACCCUUCUUUCUGUCAGUGGCUCGCUGUUCAAAGUGCAUAGGGCAGUCUUGUUAGCCAGAGCUCCCAGCUUUUAUUCCCUCAUCAUUGGACCCACCUCAAGUGACCUAACAAAUGAGCUUGUUCCUGUGGACGGUGUUGAAGCUUCAGAAUUUAAAGCAUUUUUACAGAUUGUGUAUUCAUCAAACAAAAGCAUUAAAAACUAUGAAGAGGAAAUUCUUAAAAAAAUGGAAGUGGGAAGCAUAAUGCUAGAAAAGGGACCGGAUGUCAGCUUCCUGCAGUGUAGAGCUUCGUCUGACGGUUUUCUUGGGAAACGCGCAAUUCCGGAGGAUAUUACUAGUGGAGGUGGCUGUUUUAUUUCCAAGGAUGAUUAUGACCUGGAACCUGUGUCUGAAUUGGGAGAAGAUUUGUUGAAGCUUUAUGUGAAUCAGUAUUAUCCUGACAUUGAUAUUUGUGUUGAUGGGAAAAGCUUCAAAGCUCACAGGGCCAUUUUGAGUGCCAGGUCGAGCUAUUUUGCAGCAAUGCUGAGCGGCUGCUGGGCUGAAAGCUCCCGAGAGUGUGUUACUCUUCAAGGUAUAACCCAUGGAGAAAUGAAUGUUAUGAUGUACUUUAUAUAUGGAGGAACUUUGGAUUUUCCAGAAAAGGCUAAUGUUGGUCAGAUACUGAACGUGGCUGAUAUGUAUGGACUGGAAGGAUUAAGAGAAGUAGCAGUCUAUGUUUUAAGAAGAGAUUACUGUAAUUUCUUUCAGAAGCCCAUUCCCAGAACAUGGACAUCGAUUCUAGAAUGCUUAAUCAUUGCUCAUUCAGUCGGAGUGGAAAGCCUUUUUGCUGACUGCAUGAACUACAUUAUAAACCAUUUUGCAAGAUUUUGGUCAGAAAGAAGCUUUGCAAAUGUUCCUCCUGAGAUUCAGAAAACUUGUCUCAGUAUGCAGAUCCAGUCCUUAAAUCCUGGGAAUGCUGCUUUUCUUCUAAUGGAAAGUGACAGGCUAAUCAUGGGAUUACCCAGAGUGAAAUGGACAGAAGCGGCCCUGUCAAUGGCGUCUCAACUCCAGGAAGAGUGUAUAACAUUUAUUGUAGGAAACUUCUCUCAGAUCAUUGAAAGUGAAAACUUCACUCUUCUCUUGCAGUCACAGGCAAUGAGCAGCUCAGCUCAUCUGUUGGACAAAGUUUUCAAAGCAAUUGAAGACAGUAUUACCGCUGACAAUAGUUGCUCUCUCCUCAUGGCUCUGGACACAUUACUGAAUUCUGAAAACACAAAGGAAAUGGGCUUUACGUGCAGGAUCCAGGCUGUGCGUGACAAGCUGUGGACCUUCCUGGUUCAGUCUUUCUAUGCUGUUCGUCACACAGAAAGCUGGAAGCUGAUGCACAUAGACGAUCAGCAGAAAAUCCAAGCAGCUGCACUUGACAAAGGUGAUGACCGAAGGCUUGGCAGGAAGCCUGUGCUCACCAGCUCUCAGCAAGGGAGACAAGGCUCUGAUGUUGAUGUUGUAAAAAUAAAACCUUGGACAGAAAAUAAAAAGCCAGGUCGGACGUAUCUCUCUACUAAUCAGAAGAUGAGAUCUGAUGGCUUGGGCACAUCAGGACAUGCAUCAAGCACCAACAGAAACAGUAUAAAUAAAGCCUCCAAGCAUGGCGACAGUACAAAAGUGUCCAACAUUAUGAAAGAGGUGAAAACGGGGGGAAAACAUAUCUCUGGCAAGUCUAAAACCACAGGAAAGCCCCAAACAGAAAGUAGUGAUCAUACAACGUUAGACGGUCUGUCACCCACAGCUGUGGGAAGACCAGCAAGAGCUGCAGCAGCUGGACGGAAGGACCCGGGGCAUAGAAAAGGAAUCCAGAACCAAGAAGGAGAGACCACGGGGGCCAGGCCCAAGGCACUCACUGCAAACCUGAAUGGGCAAGCCAGAGCCAAACCUUUGCAAACACUGAGAGGGAAAGAUUCUGCAUGCCCCACCACUGUAGGACCCUCCAGUAGAUCUACAAAUUCCAGCACAGAGCUUCUGGCUUCCACAGGCUCUGUGGAUGGGACAAAAGAAAACGGAUCAGUAGAAGAUAAAUCUUGUGAUGAGAAGCCGUACGUUAGUGAUUCCCCAGGACCAACAGUGAACAAUGGAGUAAUGUCAACUCUAGUAAAGUCUCGACCAGUUUCAAGAGUUACUAAUGGAACAUCCAAUAAAAAAAGCUUUAUUCAUGACCAAGACUCUCAAGUGAAUAACAGUGUAAUAAAAAGAGGGAAUGGCAAAGGACUUAGUGAUUCAGCACCACAGACAGCUGCGAAGAAACGAGGGAGCAGCAAUGGAUAUGCAGCAGCUCAGCCACGGACAAAGAGCGCCCCUCCCACCCUGGCUCAAACUCAAGGAUCCCAAGGAGAGUCACCGCACUCUGUAAAAUCUUCAGUCUCUUCAAGGCAGUCUGAUGAAAAUGUAACAAAGUCGAAGCAUGGUACAGAGAAGCAGACACCUACGAGAAGGAUUGUCAAGCAAGGACACACAACUUUGCAGAAGGUUAAUGCAAAGCUGGUACCAAUGCCUAAAAACCCAAGUCAGCCCAAGAAAGGUGGAACUGUGAACAGUAAAGACUCAAAACAAAAAGUGCUUCCUGGACAAGUCAUGCUGCAGAGUCAGCGACCUUCCAAACCUGAGGUGGCCAUCACACAGAAAAGCGUGCUUCAUGGUGUGAGUGACAGCAAGAACCGUGUUUUUAAACAGAAGCCUCACGAGUCCAUGGUUACCCUUGCUGGUGACAACAGUGGUCCUGGAGCGUUCCAGUCACCCUGCAGACCUCGGCCACAAAGUCCAUUAGGCAGUCAAGAGAAAAAGAGACUGGAGCCAGAACGCCAAGAUAGGUCAACCCAGGGUGACUCAGUAAACCAUGAGCUGAGUUCAGAAGUGACUGGCAUAGAGCACAGUCGCACAUCUGCUCACAAAGACAAGAGUCAGUGCACUGCAAAUCCAUACUGUGGGAGCAGCACUGCUAUGAAAUCUAUGAUUUCAAAUCCAAAUGAAAACUUGAUAAACUCUAACACAGUUCAUGAUUCAGCAAAUGGAGACCAAUCAGAUAGAGAGAGACAAGCGGGAAGGAAAAACACAGGCACUGAACCAAAUAUGAAUUGUGUGAACAGGAAAGCAGCUUUACUGUGUGUUCCUGAAGGGACAAAUAGUACCCAAAACUCUGCCCAAGAUGACAGCAGACUCACAUUUCAUGUAGAAGAACUGGCAGCUCAAAGCCAGUCACCUGACGACUGUGCUACAGAGGGUAGUGAAUGUGCUGCAGUCACCUCAGCUGUUUCUUCAAAAAGUCUUUUGGGACAACCAUCAGAAAAAAAUUAUAAAAAUAUGGAAACAUCAGAAACCCCAGAGAGCCAUGAAACUCUGGACACUCCAUUCAUGGGUCCCUGGGAUCUGAACGCCAGUGCCACACAUCAAAGAGAGAGUCCAGAAUCUGACACUGGUAGCGCUACCACCUCUUCAGAUGACAUAAAGCCCCGCUCAGAAGACUAUGAUGCUGGGGGGUCUCAGGACGACGAGGGCUCACACGACAGAGGCAUCUCCAAGUGUAGCACAGCACUGUGCCAUGACUUCCUCGGGCGAAGCAGCAGCGACACCAGCACCCCUGAAGAGCUGAAGGUGCACGAAGGUGACCUCAGAGCUGAAGUCAGAGCGAGAAAGCAGGGCAGGGGUGACCUCCAGAUCCACUCAGCAAGUGAUGACGAGACCCCUAGGAAGAAGCCAGAACCUUGGUCUCGAUCUACAAUAGUUCAUCCCCGGGAGAAGGGAAGUGCUCCACGGGGCAGCAUCCCAUCUGCUCAGGAAGUGGACCAGGUUUCUUCUUCAGCAGACGAAACGGAAGAUGAAAGAUCUGAAGCAGAAAAUGUUGGGGAAAAUUCCUCUCCAUCCAACUCAGGUACUCAGCACGUCCAAGGAAUAAUUAACUUAGCUUUUGAAGAUGGAACUGAACAUGAAAGUCGUGAGUUUUCUGCAACUAAGAAGUUCAGAAGGUCAGUGUUGCUCUCGGUGGAUGAGUGUGAGGAAGUGGGGUCUGAUGAAGGUGAAGGCCACACCCCCUUUCAGCCCUCCCUGGAUUCCCUUUCACCGUCUGAUGUUUUCGAUGGUAUUUCUUAUGAGCAUCAUGGAAGGACAGGCUACUCUAGACUUUUCAGAGAAGAUGAAGCUAGUGCUGCAGAGCACAAACACAACAAAGGUAACGAUGGGUAUAAAAAUGAAAGCUUUCUUCUGAGUCCUAGGAGCAAAGACUUCUCAAGACAAGAUAAGCAGUGUGUCUCAACAGAUCAGAAGACCAGGUUAGAUGUCCCACCCAAAGGAAGCCAACAGCUUUUUCCAGGAGAUGAAGAAGUAACUAGUAAACGUGAGGUAGCUCACGACUUUGAGCAGCACAGCACAUUCAUGGAUGGGGAUACCAAGUCUCAAGAACGACCAUGUCAUUUGGAGCUCCAUCAGAGAGAACUCAGCUCCAACACACCAAAGAUCAGCUCAGCGCAAUCUCUAGCCUCCUGUCCCAGCCAGUUGCUGCCUCGGGAAGGUCAAAUGAAAGAGAGCCAUCCCACACCUCCCAAGAGAGCUAAUAAUGCUGUGUUCUCAGGUAAUGUACAGAAAUAGAAGUUUAAAGUUGUCUGUAGCCCUGGAUGCUCUAUUUUAGUUAGGAUAUUUAAGCUACAGUUUCAACUUUUAAAUGAUAACUUAAAUUUAUUAAUAAUAUGAAGUGAGCUAGCUAUUCAUUAUUUAUUGUUUGCUUACAAUCUUAGUAAAUAAUUAAUAUGUAGUGGAAAACCUUGUUUAUUACACACAGAUAACAUGCUAGAUCUUACCUGGAAAGGAUGAGGACUUAGUUUGGUGUCAUUUCAAUUAUCAUGUCUGAUUUAAUGUAAGCAUUCUUGACUAUGUGAAGUUUUACUUUGCAUUGGAUAUGAUUUAUGGACUUGCUAGUAUAGAUCCAAGAGGGCUGUGCAAUAAACAUAGUAAUAUUACUGAAAGGCACUAAACUAUUUUAACUAGAUUAAUUAUAAUUUAUAUGCAUUUUACAAAGACUAAAACUUUCUUAGGAUCAAUAUAAUUCUAUUCUAAGAUUUUCAAGUGAAGAUAUGAAGUUUCCUAAGCAAUUAUAUUUAGAAGCAAUGACAGUAUAUGACAAAGCCCAGACUUAUUUCACAUGCUAAGACAAUUUUUUGUCUAAUUGUUUUGUGUUUGUGUCUUUCUUAUUUCAAUAAUUCAGACUAAUGACUUAAAAUAUGCAAUAGUAGCUGGUUGAGUAUUAUGUAUCAUAAUUUAAAAAUAAAAUAUUGACCAGAAAUCCCUAGUCAGUAAAAUUAUAAAAGUAGAUUUUCCAAAGUUAUAUUUUUUGUUUGUUUUUUCCUGUUUCAAAUCCUCCUUUUGCAUGUGCAAUAUACAAAUAAGACUUUAGAUACAGUGUAUUUAUCCCCCCACUCCAUGAAACCAAGUUACUUUAUAGAUACCUUUAGAUAACUGUCUUUUUUUUCUUCCUUGAGUUUCUAUUGUAGUGAAUUAGAUUUGUGUGUACUUUUAUGUUUAUGUUUUAAAUAAUUUGUUAUUUUCUGUAUUCUAAGUUUUCAAAUUAAAAUAUGGAAAAUUAUUGUUAGUUACCUACAUUGAUUUUGCUGCUAAAUAUUACCUUUGAAUUUCUUAACACAGAAAAAUAAAUGCCUCAAAAAUUUUGU